AUGGCCAUUGUGAAAAGGCUCUUCAUUAAAGCCUCCAACAAUUACGAUUCAAAUUUCCAGAUUGUUCCAGUGAAUACGAACCAACCUCUCGAAAUCAAGUCCGAUAUUGGAGUUUUCAAACUUUUGGUGAACAUUAAGCAAUUCGAUGGCUCACAGCCACACUUGUCCAACAGCUUAUACAACCAAGAGGAUAAAACCUUUCUCAACGGCGAACAAAUCGAUUUCAAUCCAGCUCCAAAGGACGAUGGGAAGGAGCCCAACUUGAGAAUCAAAAUCGAAUUCACACCGGAGGAAGACAUCAAGGGUAGCGACUUGCUCUUUGGAAACGACUUCACCUACCCCAUUAAAGACUACGUUCCUACCACCUUGAUGAACACUGGGUUAAAGUUGUUCAAUUGGUUUAUCAACGAUACUGUUAAAGGAGACGUAUACAAUGAUAAACCAUAUCUCUACGGAUUGGCGUUGAAUAGUUUCAGCUACAUUGGAGUAAAUCAACCUAGACCCAAAGGUAUCAAAAACGAAAACUCACAGCCAAUGGACUACAAGGAGGAUUUCAAAGAUAUUGUGGAACACCCACCCACAACCUCAAAUGAGAGAAAGAAACGUUUCAACACUGCCGUCAAGUGCAAUGACUUUACUUUUGACAAGGGGCAAAAGUACAGUUUCUAUUUCGAUACCGAUUUCUUGAAAUUGGCAGAUUCAAAGUACUUGGUUUCCAUUCCCAAGUUCGACUUCGAUGUGAGCAGAUACGCCAAUGACACUUUGAAUAACGUCAACUGGGUCAUAAAAGAAGGCGGGUUUGACGGAGUGGGUCUCGGAAAAUUGGGAUUGAUCAUCAACUUUGCCUUGAAGACAGAAGAGAAGGAUGAGCAAUAG